UCAGGUUAGGCUAGCUGGUCUUCCAGUGCACUUACACAAGCCACAGGCCCCAACGGAUUAGUGCAGAGUAGAAAAUGACUCGAGUUGGCAGCAAGAUCCUGAUCUUGGCACCUUUGAUGGCCGUACUGCUGUUCUGCCUCUUUGACACGUCUCAAGCAGCUAGCAGCUUUGAUUGCUGCCUUGGGUAUACGGAACAUCCUCUCCACAGUAAAUUGAUCAAAGGCUAUGCAGAACAGUGGUCUUAUGAAACCUGUGACAUUGACGCAAUUAUCUUUUAUACCAGACGAUACACUGUGUGUGCCGAUCCAAACGAAGCGUGGGUGAAACAUACCCUCAAGAUUUUAAGUUCCAGACUCAAGAAGAUGUCAAAGUAAUUGAAAUGGAACUGGAAAAAGACUGAAGGACCAAAGAACCUAAACUAGGUUGGAAUUUCUAUUCACACAUCUUUGUGUGCUUGCCAUCUAUUUAAUUUGGCCAUCAUUGGAUCUAUCCAAUUAGUGAAGUUGAUUCAUAUUGCAUCAUAGUUUUGCUUUUUAAAGCAUUAUAUAAAAGCCUGAUAUUUCCUUUCAUGUUGUUGUAUUUAUAGAUAGAGGGUAUAUGUGUCCAUUAAAUGUUUGUCAUUUAAAAUUUUUCUCAACCAGGCCCUAACCUAUGUUUUCAGUCUGUGAUCCAGUCACACUGGAUUCUUUGCUGUUCUUCACACACAGCACUCUAUUUCCGCUGUCUACAUCUUUGCACAUGCCUGGAAUGAACUUCUUCCUUAAUUCCACUACUUGGAAACUCUAAGUUCCCUUCAAAGCUCCACUCAAGUGCUACCUUCUAGAGGAAGCUCUUCCUGAGCCCCUCAGAAGCUCCUGCCUCCCCUCCCUCAAAUUGUAUUUAUUUUCCAUGUCCUUGUAUAUAUACAUGUUGUCUUCCUUGACAGAAUGUAAGUCCCUUGAAGGCCAGGACUGUUUCCUAGCACCUACUGUAGUAGCUGGCACAUAGCAGGUGCUUAAUAAAUCUAUAGAGCAGUAAUCUAGUCUGUUAUUAUUAUUGUUGUUGUUUGAUAUUCACUUAUCUGAAGGACUGAAGUACUGUUAUUAUCUUUAUUGUUUGGUAAGAGCAUUUUGAAUUGUUUUAUUUGUGUGGUUUAUUCCAAACAAAUGUUUGAUUAUUCAUUUAAUGUUUCACUAUUUUAUGAAAACAGAAAAUCAUGCAAAAACUGUUGAUAUUAACAAUAAAAGAAAAA